CCUCCCGGAGUCUCUAUGGUAGAGUGGGCGGAGCUUGGAGCAAGAUGGCGGCGCCCGCAGCUUCUCCCGAGCCCCAGGCUUCUGGGGGUCCUCGGCCCCCAGUGUGUCUAUUGGUGUUGGGAAUGGCGGGAUCUGGGAAAACUACCUUUGUUCAGAGGCUUACGGGACAUCUGCAUAGUCAAAGCAUUCCACCUUAUGUGAUCAACCUGGACCCAGCUGUGCAUGAAGUUCCCUUUCCUGCCAACAUUGAUAUUCGGGACACUGUGAAGUAUAAAGAAGUCAUGAAACAAUAUGGACUUGGACCUAAUGGUGGUAUAGUGACCUCACUCAAUCUGUUUGCUACCAGAUUUGAUCAGGUGAUGAAAUUUAUUGAGAAGGCCCAGAACACAUCCAAAUAUGUCUUGAUUGACACACCUGGACAGAUUGAAGUAUUCACCUGGUCAGCUUCUGGGACAAUCAUCACUGAGGCCCUGGCAUCUUCAUUCCCAACAGUUGUGAUUUAUGUAAUGGACACAUCGAGAAGUACCAACCCAGUGACCUUCAUGUCCAAUAUGCUCUAUGCCUGCAGCAUCUUAUACAAAACCAAGCUACCUUUCAUUGUGGUCAUGAAUAAAACCGACAUCAUUGAUCACAGCUUUGCAGUGGAAUGGAUGCAGGAUUUUGAGGCUUUUCAAGAUGCUUUGAAUCAGGAGACUACGUACGUCAGCAACCUGACUCGUUCAAUGAGCCUGGUGUUAGAUGAAUUUUAUAGCUCACUCAGGGUGGUGGGUGUCUCCGCUGUUCUGGGAACCGGCUUAGAUGAGCUCUUUGUGCAAGUCACCAGUGCUGCCGAAGAAUAUGAAAGGGAGUAUCGUCCGGAAUAUGAACGUCUGAAGAAAUCACUGGCCAGUGCACAGAGCCAGCAGCAGAAAGAACAACUGGAGCGCCUUCGGAAAGACAUGGGCUCUGUAACCUUGGACCCAGGGUCGGCUGCAGACAGCUUAUCUCCUGUGCUGGACCCUUCUGACUUGAUCCUGACUCGGGGAACCUUGGAUGAGGAGGAUGAGGAAGCUGAUAGUGAUACUGAUGAUAUUGAUCAUCGAGUCACAGAGGAAAGUCAUGAAGAGCCAGCUUUUCAGAAUUUUAUGCAAGAAUCAAUGGCACAGUACUGGAAGAGAGGUAGCAAAUAGAUUCUAGAAGUCCAGAGUUUUGGAGUUAACUCUGUGGAAGAACUGUGCUUUCCUCUGAUUGGGGGCUACUAUAAGGAUAAUUUUGUUCAGAAUGGCAGUCUCUCCUAUUAGGAAAAUCUGACUGAUGAAGACCCUUGGACUGACAGGUGGAUACCAGUUUCCCUGGCUUUUUCCUUGGAUUUAUGCAAAGAAGGAUAUUCUGACAGUUCUUGGAUGUGGAUAUCCCUUGAGGUCUGAAGUGUCAAGUCUUAUCAUUUGAACUCAAGCACUUUUUCUGCUGAUGGAUGGAACAGAGAGAUAUUACUGAACUUCAGAUCUCUAAUAUUUGACUGGAAUUCCAGCCUCUACUUCCCCAGCAUCUUGUCCAGAGUGGCACUGGAGUGUCCUUGGCAUCCAAUCAAUGCUGAUAGUAAGUGUGCCUCACAGUGGGCAGCUCAUUAUAGGGCACCAGGAAGUGGUGGGCAAAACCUGAUUUAUGAAUAAGAAAUGAAUAAGAUAAUGCUUUCCAUGGUGACUUAGAUAAAGAGUUUUUAAUUUUAACCUUGUAAGCUUGCUUGUCAUAAUUCCAAAUAAGGAAAUUAUAUAAAUGCAAAUAGAGUUGCUUCUAUU